AUGGCGGCGCGCAGGGCGGUAUGGCUCGCCGUCCUCGGCGCCGUGGCGCCGGCGACGGCCGAGACCCAGGUCGACGGAAGUGGGACGACGAACCCGUCCAAGUUCUUCUGGCAGAUCAUGGAGACGAUGCAGGCGCGCGCCAAGGAGGAGAUCCGCCUGACGUACCGCGCCGUCGGCAGCAGCAACGGUCAGAGGGAGUUCAGCUCGGGCUCUGAGGCCCUGGCAGAGGCCGGCGACUACAGUGGAUCCGUCAACGACUUCGGUGCGGGCGACAUCCCGAUGAGCCAGACGCGUUUCGAUGGGAUGACCAGCUCUGGCCGGGAGAUGCUCCACGUGCCGUUCUGCCUGGGAGCCAUCGGCGUCUUCCACAACAUCCCAGCGGCCGAGGUCGGCAACGAUGGCCUGAGGUUGUCGCCGAGCGUGCUUGCCAAGAUCUUCGCCGGUACCAUCACGACCUGGGACCACGCUGAUAUUGCCGCCGACAAUGAGAAUCUGAACGUGCCCGCGAGCCGCAAGAUCACGGUUUGCCAUCGCUCAGAUGGCUCCAGCAGCACCACUGGCUUCACUGGCUAUCUGGAAAGCAAGGCUUCCUCAGAUUGGGACCUCGGAUCCGGCAGCACGGUUGACUGGAAUGAAGGGGACAAUUUCCAGGCUAAUGAGGGCUCGCCUGGCGUAACCGAUUGUAUCCAUGAUCACGCAUAUUCCAUCGGCUAUCUUGACGCUGGCCACGGACACAAUCGUGAUUUCCAGGAGGUCAUGCUGCAAAACGAGGAGGGCACUUGGCUAACCUCAUUGGAUGCUAUCGAGUACGCGGAUGAGAAUGGCGAGAACGGAGUCGCUGCCGCCGCCGCGGCGCAGACGAACACGCCAGGCGCCGAUGAGAGUUGGGCUGAUAUUAACCUCUACGCGAGGGGUGGAGUGAUGACCUGGCCCAUCGUGCUCAUCUCGUACAUCUUCGAGAAGGACAUGAGCGCCAUGGACGGGCAGAAGGUCCAACUCCUCAUUGCGUUCGUGGACAUGGUCCUGAGUGAUGAGGGCCAGGCGCUGCUGCCGGAUUACUCGUUCAACGCGGUUCCGGCAGUUUGGUCGCAAAAGUGGUUUUUGGAAACCACUGGAACCAGAGCCAUGAUAAGUUUGCCCGCGGUGUCCGGAACGACUUACACGAUGGAGGGAGAAGAGACGGAUAAGUGGACAGGCAUGGGCGAGAGCGUCAUCAGCUCAAAGCGCAACUCGUACUCGCUGUGGAAGCUAGGCGAGAUAGACAUAGCCAUGACGAAGAUGGAAGCUCGCGUGGCGGCCCUGGAGACGACGCUCAACGACUUCGGCAUCGUGGCGCUCCACGGAAGUGGCACCACCAACCCGAAGAAUUGGUUCGCCAAGGCUAUGAAGCUAUUGGAGACGAGGGCGCGCGCGCCCCUCCACCUCACCUACCGCGCGGUCGGCAGCAGCACAGGCCAGGCGGAGUUCGUCGGCACCAGCGACAACGGCUACCAGAGCUACAACCAUUUUGGGGCGGGCGACAUCCCGAUGACGCAGACGAACUACGACCAACUCAUGGUCACGGCGGGCAAUGAGAUGGUUCACUUGCCAUUUGCGUUGGGAGCCAUUGGCAUCUUCCACAACGUCCCAGCGAGCGUUCGCGGCAACACGGACAUCAAGCUUACCGCAUGCCUCCUGGCCAAAAUUUUCGACGGUGACAUCACCACUUGGGACGAUGCGGAGAUCAAGGCUUUGAACUCGGACCUGAAACCGCCAGCAGGCCAAAAGAUCAUGGUCGGUCACCGCACGCUUGGCUCCAGCAGCACUGGUGGCCUUACUGGUUACCUCAAGAAGAGUUGUUUGCCGUCGUGGCCGCGCGGUGAGGGAUCAACAAUCGAUUGGCCAGAUGCCGCGUCGGGGCACGACAACUUCGUUCCUGUUCAGGGAUCCCAGGGCAUGCAGACGCACAUCGAUGGCACAGAGUAUUCAAUCGGCUACCUUGAUGCUGGCCAUGGGAUCGACCUGAAUUUUGCGGAGAUCGCCCUGGAGAAUGCUGAUGGGUUUACUCGCACCUCCAAAGAAUCCCUUGCGGCAGACCCGAACGGCGUGGCCAAAGCAGGCAGCCAGGGCGUCUUAGAAGGUAACUUCCCUGCAGACGCCAGCGCCGACUGGAGUUCGGCGAACAUCCUCAACAUGAACGGCGAAACAACGUGGCCUAUCUCUCUUGUCAGCUACCUGUACGUGAAGAAGGACCAGCAAAGCACUAAUCCCAAGACCGCGGCGGCCUUGAAGGCUUUCAUCGACUUCAUCUUGGAAGACCCCGACGGCCUCCUCGAGGAGUUCGGCUUCACUUCGCCGGACUCGGAGCUGAAGGCCCUAGCCUCGACUGGGGCGGGCACCAUCGUGUGGCCGGCCGGCAUGGAGGAGUUCAUUUUCGAGGAGUCGACAGAAGCGUACGAAGGGAUGGGUAUCAACGUCAUCAGUGCGAAGCGCACCUCCUACGAUGAGUACGAGAGAGGUGUGCUGGAGGACUCGCUGGCCGAGCUGCAGGCAGAGGUGGCCAGCGGCACCAGCAGCACCGCGGCGGCGGCCACCGAGGACGGCAACAGCGAGAGCGACAGCGACCCUGCGCCCCUGGCUCUGUCCGUUCUCGCGCUCGUCAUCUCGCUUUUCUCUGGUAUCCCUGGCUGCCUCGCCCUCAAGAAGGGCCGGGCCGGCUCCGACUCGCGCUCCAGUCCCCCGCUGGCGCCGGACGUGGUCGGGUCCCCCACAAACAAUCACGAGUGA